AUGACAGAGAAUAGAUAUAAAUUAAAUGUUAUAGAUAAUAAGAUACAAUUAGUUCAAUUGUAUAUUGAUGGAUUUGAUGAAUUAGAGACAAGAGACAAGAUAUUAAUGUAUCAUCUUUAUCGUGCUGCAUUGGCUGGUAGAGAUAUUGCAUACGAUCAAUCUCAUCCACAAUGUCUUGCACUUAGAAACUUGGUAGAAGAUAUCAUAGAGGUUUCGGACAAGACACCAAGUGUAAAACAAAAGUUUGAAAAGGAAUUAGAGUGUAUUCAAACAUACCUCUAUUACACUUGGAUUGGUAAUGGUCCAUAUGAUCAAUACACAAGUGCAAAGAUUACAUUGUCUAAAGAAGUGUGUCCAAAAGAUAGAUUAGUUGAAAUAAUCAGUGCUCUUGGUCAGGGAUUCAAUUUACAAGGUAAAAAAGAUGCUUUAGAAUUGGUGACAAGUUUGGAGACACUAUUGUACGAUCCAAAUGACAGAAAGAUAUUGACCGAGAAGAGUCCUGGAGAAGAUUGGAUUAAAGAGAGUGCUGUCAACUUUUACGAUCAGUCAUUGACGUUGGAACAAGUCAAAGGGUUUGUUGGCACGGAUAAUGACAAGUACCAACUCAACUCGACUGUUGUCAAACGUGCCGAUGGAUCGUUGGACGUAGAAGUUUGGAGAGCUGGAUCGAGUGACUUGGGAAUUGGUCCAGGUCGUUAUGCCAACGAGCUCACCAAUGUCAUUUACCAUUUGGAAAAGGCUGUCAAAUAUGCAGAGAGCGCUGAACAACAGAAAACUAUUCAGUUGUUGAUCAGAUACUUGCAGACUGGUGAAGCAGAAGAUUUCAGACAAUACAAUAUACAUUGGGUCGGUGACAAUAGUGUCGUCGACUUUAUUUUGGGAUUCAUCGAGGUGUACACCGAUCCAAUGGGACUGCGUGCACAGUAUGAAGGAUCGGUCUAUUGGAAGCACCAAAAGCUGACGGCUAGUAUCAGCAAGAUUGGAGACAAUGCCCACUACUUUGAACAGCGUAUGCCAUGGGACGAAAAGUACAAAAAGAAAGAUAUCAAACCGAUCUCUCUCAAUGUGGUCAUGGUGGUGGCUGGAGUUGGUGGUAUGGGACCUGGUUGUAUUCUCGGUGUCAACUUGCCAAACGAAGAGAGUAUUCGUGAACAACAUGGAUCGAAAAGUAUAGUACUCCAAAACAACGCACAGGCGUCUGAUGAAGGAUUGGGAGAGUCAAUGACGGCCGAGUUUUGCUGGGAUCAGCAAGAGAUUGACAUGGAGAAGCAGUACGGGACAUUUGCCGACAACCUCGCCACUGCCUUGCACGAGGCACUCGGCCAUGCAUCCGGUCUCUGUGUCGUCCCCGAUCCCAGCGCAUGCUUGCCGGGCUACUAUAGCACGCUCGAGGAAGCUCGUGCCGACUUGGUCGCACUCUGGCACAUCUACGACCCCAAGUUGGUCGAGUUGGGUAUCGUCGACAGCGACGAGAUUGGCAAGACACUGUACCGCCAACAAAUCAGAACCGUGCUCGUACAAUUACGCAAGAUCGACGGUGACAAGCUCGAAGAGGAUCACAUGAAAAACAGACAGCUCAUUGCCAACUAUAUCAUUCAAAACUCCAAGUCUGUCGAAAAGAGAGAGCGUGAUGGCAAGACCUACUAUGUCAUUGUCGACUAUAAAGAGGCACACCGUCAAGUCGGUAUUCUCUUGUCAGAGAUUAUGCGUAUCAAGGCCGAAGGUGAUCUCCCAGCAGCUCAGAAACUAGUCGAUACCUAUGCUCUCUACGUCGACAAACAACUCCGAGACCAAGUCAAACAUAGAAUCAAAACAUUGGGUGUUGCAGCCUACGCUUCACUCGUCAUGCCAACCCUUAUCCCCGUCACCACCAACGGUGAUGAAAUACAAACAAUCAAUGUUGAAUAUCAAAAGGAUUUCAAAAAACAAAUGUUUGAUUUUAAAUAUUUAUCUUUACAAAAAUAA